GUUCAACCAUCUCAUAUCAUUCGCUUUCCCCGGUGCUUGCAAUAUGGAAGCUGCAGAUCAUGGAAAACGACGCGCCUGCGAAUCCUGCCGUCGGAAGAAGUGUAGGUGCCUGGAGAACGUCCGAUAUGUUCGUACUGUCAGCGGCGUAACAUUGCUUGCGUGUAUCUGCCCCGAGCAUACCCAACAGACGCCACCUGUAAUACAGUUACAAAAUGGCCAUCACUUCAAGACAACCGGUUUCGGAGGCUUGAAAGCCAAGUCGCCCACAUUUACUCGAUGCUCAAGUAGGCAUCCUAUCAAAUGCCAUACCCAGCGGGCUGACUGAGCCAAUCAAAAGCUCAAUUUCAAGCCACCAUUGUCCUGAUUCGAGUGCGAUGCCUAAUGUCGAACACCAUAAGUCCUCGAUAGAUUUUGGCACGCAAGCCUCUGCCUCCAACACCAGCCAUGGCUCUACUCCCAACGAUAUCCCGCACCCAGAAUUUCCGGGACAUCCGGACCCUGAGACUGUUGCGCUUGAUACACAGUCGGCAAAAAGUACCGUCAUGAGGAUGGCUGCAGAUGGUAUACCGCGAUUGGAUGUAGUACAAUCUUUGUGCCUCCUGGCACUAAAAGACGUCAUGGGUAGUUAUCCAACACCACCCUCGAAUUUCCACAACGGUCAUGACCUGGACCAAGAGGACUCCAGGGCACCAUCCAAAUACGUGGGCAUAAAUGCACACUAUAUCAGAACCCUAAUGAUAUGGACCAAGGUUGUCUCCUACCUUCAUGAAAUCCGUUCCGGGAGGCGCGAGACUCCAUGGUUAUCUGAUUCAACCUACGCAAAGCUGAACGUUGAGAUCCUCGAUUUCGACACUGAGCUGUACCCGGCCCACCGUCUCAAGAACCGGGGCCUCUCAGGACGCCUACAUACCGAACUUAGCAAGGUGCAGGAGUACUGGUACCCCUGGCUCAUCUUUGCAAGGGAUCCUAGGGUUUCAAUGAGGGCACGAGAGGACGUGAGAAAGUUUGUGGCAUUGCUCGAGCAAAUAUCGUCAUCUUGGCCUCAUCUGUCUCAUAAGCUCGAGAUUCUUCAGAGCCUCCAGGCGACGGCGGGCUGCCAACUUUGGGGCAUCGAGCCCAAAAACACGACCAACACGUUUCAUUCGUCUAAGCUCUGGCAGCUUCUGGACUCAAACCUGGCUGAUGAGUUUUACGCAAGCACUUUCGAAGGCGGAGACGUUAUGGUCGACAAUCGGGACCCCGACAUUAUGCUGCUAGAAGACCGAGACAUGCAGCAGGCGCUGGACAUUACUAGUUCAACACUGCCAACUGCUGGGGCUCUUGACAAUCUUCCUGAGAAAGAUUGCCUUUCUCUUUUCUUACCUGAAGAUUUUGAAUGGCUACAGGCCUUUUAUGUGGCUGCCCAGUUUAGUUGA